AUGAACUCGACUAGAAUUUUUGAUUCUGAAGCCUUGCGUCAACAGGUUAUGAGCCCUGUAGCUACAGCUGCAGGUUGUAUUCCAAUUAAAUUGGACGGGAAAAAGAACUUUAAAAAAUGGAUAAACAUCUUAGCUAUGCAUAUGUCUGAUAUCAAUUUACACUGGUAUCAAUAUGCACAAAAUGGAAAGCUAAAUGUUAUUAUUGAACAAUAUAAUCCAUCUAAUGAUAUGAUUGCUUAUAUUAAAAAAUUAUUUGAAACGGCAUUAAAAUUAUUAAUUGUUAAUAAUGUCGAAGGAUCUGCUAAAAAAGAAGCAGAUAGAUAUGUUGCUGGUGAUUACGGUAUCCCAACUGGAAAAGGUCUUCUAAAUCACUUAACUGAGUGUUUUGGUACAGAAUCUAUUGAUGUAGCUGCAGAACCUUUCUUUCAGUUAGCUAAAGCUAGGAAUUUAACAUUAGACGACCAGUAUGAUCUUGUUAAUCGUUUAGUGGAGGUCAUUUUUGAAACCACAUCUAGUGAAGAAAAUUUUUUAAAUUCAUUAACUUCUGCGCAACAAGAGGCUUUAAGAGUCAUCAAGAUUAAAGCUCGUGAAAGAGCUGCUUCAUUAUUUUUAAUGAGUUUAUAUGAUGAGUCUUACCAAAGAUUUAUGGAUAUAUUCGGUAAGAAUCAGGAAAUUAAAUUGAGAGAAGUGUAUGAUGUAAUUAGUAAUGCUAAAAGAGGAGUAACUAACUCCAGUUUUGUUGGAAGAAGAAAUCAAUUCAAGCAAAAAGUUAAAAACUUCAAUUGUAAAAGAUGCGGGGGACAACAUAAAACUAAUGAGUGUCCAGAAUUUCAAGAAUGGUUAAAGAACAAAAGAAAUAAAAAUCAUGAAAAAGAUUACAAGAUUAAUAAUUCUCAUACGGCUUGGAUUGCGUUGAUUAGCAAACAAAAUACAACAUCGAGAAACGAUUGGUAUUUUGAUACUGGUUGUACCCAGCACAUAUCUCACGACCGUUCAAUGUUUUGCGAGUUAGUUGAAGGAGAUGAGAAUGAGUUUGGGGUUAUCGAAGGCAUUGGAGGUAAAACUGCUAUUAAAGGUAUUGGUACAGUACAACUAGGACAUGUCACAUUAUACAAUGUGGCAUAUGUUCCUGAUGGCAACGUAAACUUGAUUUCUGUCAAAAUGGCUUCUUCUAAAUCAAACAUGAAAUUUAUAUUUGACAAAACAAAGGUAUAUACAAUUAAAAAUAAUAAAAUUACUCAAGUUGGUGAAAUGAGAAAUCAACUUUAUGUUUUUAUGCCCAACAAUAAAGAAACAAAAACGAUGAACAAACCACUUGAUUAUGCUUUUAUUUCGUAUGACCAUUCUGUUUUGCCAUCUCCAAAGGCAAAUAUUCCAGAUGCCAUUAAAUGGCAUGCUAGAGUAGGACAUCCAGGUUUAGCUAAUUAUAAUCGAUUGGCAAAUCGAAUUGACUUGCCCAUUAUGGAAGCUGAUAAACACUCGUUGUGUCCCACUUGUUCCCUUUCAAAAGGGGUUAUGAAAAAAGGAAAAAUUUCUGACACACAAUAUACGAGCCCUUUACAGCUGCUACAAGUUGACAUUUGUGGUCAAUUUAGGUAUACUAAUUUUUCUGAUAGUAAAUAUUUUUUGACUAUCCGGGAUGCCUACUCAAGAUAUUAUUCCGUAAUUCAUUUAGCAUCGAAAUCAGCUGCAUGUGAUAAGCUGAUUGAAUGGAUCUUAGAAACUGAGAAUCAUUUCAAGUCAAGAGGGGGAUUUAAGGUGGGUGCCAUUCGCACAGAUAAUGGACGUGAAUUUAUGUCUAGUAAAUUUCAUAAUUUCUGUAAAAGCAAUGGAAUUUCCCAUCAAUUAACUGUUCCAUACAAUAGUUUUCAAAAUGGAGCAGUUGAGAGAUCUCAUCGCUCGAUUGAAGAAAAAACAAGAUGCCUUUUAAUCGGAGGCAAGGUACCUCCUUCUAUGUGGACAGAGGCUGUAAGUACUGCUGUAUAUCUCUUAAAUAGGUUACCAGUAUCUAAUAAAAAUUAUUCUAUCCCUUACUGUCUCUGGAACAAUAUUCAAACAGAAAAUCUAGAUUUAUCACAUCUACGUAUAUUUGGAUGUGCUGCAUAUGCUACAUUACCUCAUCAAUUACGUGACGGGAAAUUUGCUCCUACUAGUGUAAAAUGUGUGUUUGUUGGAUAUGACUCCAAACACAAAGCAUACCGUCUCUAUCAUCCUCCUUCUAAGAAAAUUUUUGUAUCAAACCAAGUUCGCUUUGAUGAACUUGAUUUCCCACUUGCAGGUACCAAAGAAGUUGAAGUGGCUCAUACAUUUGCCACUGGUACUUUAGGUGGUGUCCCAGUUUAUCCUUCAUCUACUGAUAUUUUCAAAACUUCAUCUUCUGAAAUACAAACGUCAAAUUAUUAUCCUGAAACUACUGAUUAUCCUAUAUAUGAAAACAACUUAGAAAAUGAAUUAACCACCAUACAUGGUGAUGAGGUUCUAGAUCAAGGUACUAGUCGAUACUCCACUCCGUAUCUAUCAUCUGUUGAUUCUGAUUCUUUUAUGUUCCGAGUUGAUUCAUCUGACAAUGAUAAGCACGAAUAUGACUCCUCUUCCUCUGAUGAAUAUGAACUACCAUCUACUUCCUUCUCUUCUUCUCCUAUUUCUACGACUUCUGACUGUGAAAAUUUUACUUUCAACAACCUUGAUUCAUCCUCUAUAAACAAUGAGUCAACCGCCUCAUUCUCCUCACAUAAUUCUAAUCAAAUAAACAAGAAGGAAGCAGAAGAACUAUCAUCAAUUGCUUCAUCCUCUGAUACUGACUCUUCAACUACUCCAACAGCUGUUCCAGUAACUACUCAACAAUUAACAUCUACCAUUGAUGAUACCCACUCCGACACAUCUUCUCCUAAUCUACAAUCCAAAUCCUUAUCAACUGAUAAUUCACCGGUUUAUAACUUAGAAGACUUAGAUCCCCAUAAACCAUUAAAAAAUAGUAAAAUUGAAUUAGCUGACAAUAUUUCCGCCCCUAUCACCACACAUGUUAGCAAGUUGAAUGGCCAAACAUCCUCAAUUGUUAAUCAUAACAAGUUAGGUCCUAUUCCUGCUUCUGAAUUCUACUUAAAUCAUCAAAUUGAGAAACACCAUCCAAAGUGGGAUUCUAAUCCAAUUAGUCCUGGUAAAAUUGGUACCCCUGCUGUUGAGGCUGUUAAUAUUGACUCCGGCAGUUUUGUUCCUAUGAACUCCAUGGAUGGUCUCACCCAACUCAUUAGAACACCGGUAUUCCCUUCUUCUCAAUCAUCUGGCUCUGAUGAUAACUCUUCACAUCACAUAGCCUUGACUGCGUUGGUACAUGGCAUGUCCUUUACGUCUACCACUACUUCUGUCCCAAAUACAUUCAACCAGGCAAUGAGUUCAUCAGAUAAAGAUAAAUGGUAUCAAGCCUGUCUGAAAGAACUUCAAGCUUUUAAAGAUCAUGAUACAUAUAGGUUGACUCCUCUCCCUCCUGGUCGUCGUGCCUUGGGGUCUCGUUGGGUGUUUAACAUUAAGGACGGAAAUCGGUUUAAAGCUCGUUUAGUGGCUCAAGGACACACUCAAAAAGCUGGCAUCGACUAUCAAGAAACCUUUGCUCCUGUGGUGCGGUAUGAUUCUGUCCGUAUCUUUCUUGCUAUCUCUGCUCUCCUUAAUCUCCGUGUUCACCAAAUGGAUGUAGACACUGCCUUCUUAAAUUCCAAAAUGGAAGAGCCGGUUUACGUUCGUCAACCUCCAGGUUUUGUUGAUCCUGUGCAUCCCAAUCACGUGUGGCAGCUUUACGGGGGUAUGUACGGAUUAAAGCAAGCCCCACUACUAUGGAACACGCAUAUUCAUAAAACAUUAUCUAGGAGAGGAUUUACUCGUCAUGAUGGAGAAUAUGGUAUUUAUUUUAAAAAUGUAGACAACUUUAAAGUAUUGAUUGCACUUUACGUUGAUGACCUUUUAAUUGCUGCUCCAAAUAAAGAUAUUAUGAACUCUGUGAAAGCAGGGUUAAACGAAGCUUAUUCCAUGAAAGAUCUUGGCCCUGUUUCUAAAUUUUUGGGAAUGAAUGUUUACCAAGAUAACCUGAACAAUAUAACCAUCUCAAUGGAGGACUAUAUUACCAAAGCUGCUCAGAGCUGUCAAAUAGACUUAAAUAAAAAUGUGGAAUUUCCAUUAUCUAACACAGCCAAUUACUUUGACACAGAAUCUCCAGCAAUUGCCAAUAUCACUGAAUACCAAAGUAUUGUAGGCCAGUUGCUAUUUGUUAGCAACGUUGGACGGCCUGAUGUAGCUCACUCUGUUCAACUACUAUCACGGUUCCUCAAAGAUCCUAGAGAGGUGCAUUUAAAAGGUGCUUACAGAGUUAUGCAAUAUUUAUAUAAAACCAAAAAACUAGGAUUGUCUUAUAAUACAAGAUCCAAUAAAUAUCUUGAAGGAUUCUCAGAUGCAUCUCAUGGAAAUAAGAAUGAUUUGAAACAUGCAACUGGUGGGUUUAUUAUAAAACUUGCUGGUGGAGUGGUUACAUGGUCUUCCAAGAAAAUUACAAGCGCAGUUUGUCUAUCAUCUACUGAUGCAGAAUACAUUUCUGCUAGCAACACAAGCAGGGAAUUAAUUUGGAUAAAAAAUAUGUUGAAUCACAUGAAAAUAGAUGUAAACGAAGUUAAAUUAUGGAUAGACAAUGAACCUGCCAUUCACGUAGCUAAAAACCCUGUCUUACACUCAAAAAUGAAACAUGUUAACCUUCACUAUCAUUUCAUCAGACACCAAGUAGAGUCUGGUAUUAUUGAAAUUGGUCACAUAAAUACAACUGAACAAAUUGCUGAUAUAAUGACAAAAGUUUUACCAAGACCUGCCUUUAUAAAAGUCCGAGAUUUAUUCAUGAAGAAAAUAGAACAGGAAUUUAGCUUACGGGGGUGUGUUGAAAUAUAA